GGGAAUAUAGCAAGUAUGCUGGACCGACGAACACUGUACUGUAUAUUGCUACACUUUCUCUGCGGAAAUGUUCUUGCUAAUAGUGCAGUAUUUAAUCCGUGUGCUUCGCGAACUGAGAUGACGGAAAACGAAGCCCACCAAGUGAUGGAAAACUGGCCAGAUCCUCCAGUCGAUCGGGCUUACAAGUGCCUUCUAACAUGCGUUCUUUUGGAAUUGGGACUGAUUGAUGAUCGGGGGAAUGUGCAGAUCGACAAGUACAUGAAAUCCGGAGUUGUGGACUGGCAAUAUGUGGCAAUCGAGUUGGUGACGUGUCGGAUAGAAUUCUCUGAUGAAAAGGAUCUGUGUGAGCUGUCAUAUGGACUCUUCAACUGCUUCAGAGCUGUGAAGCUUGCGACCGAAAAGAAUUCUUCAGUUAGUAAUGCAAAAUAGGUUCAAUAAAAUUAAAUAUAUUUCACUAUGUGCGUGCUAUAUAUUCUAUAUUUACAUACACUAAGCAUUUGCGAAAUUCAUUGAUAAUUUUACUACUGGUGCGAGUGACCACAAGUUCCGAUUACUUUGAGCUU